AAAAAAACUCAGGUGCCGGUGCCACUUGACUACGAUAACGGCAGCAGACCAAACAACGGAUGAAGAAAGGACACAAGCGGCGGUGUGCCACCCCAGUUGAUGGAAGACAUCAUUCUGAGACAUCAAUAAUGACUGGCCAGACCUGUGGAGUGCUAAACAAACAGAAGACUUCAAAUCCAAGAACCCCUGGUUGGGAUCCAAAAACAAAAAAUUGGGAUGUCUGGUCUGUAGCAGUGUGAACUCCAUUGGGAUCGACAAGGAGCAAGGACAAGGUGUAUCGCUCUCAAGAGAAUGGAUGAACUUUGAAAUUCAAGUGUCUGGCCAGGGAAGUAGAACAACAAGUUUGUCAAUCUUGAGAAAUAAGGUGAGGAAACAUGCGUUGUCCAAGGCCCACACUCAGGCUGUGAAGGUGGCAGAGCAACAGAAAGAAGCUGCCAUUGAGAAUGCAGUGGAGACUAUGACUGAGUCCUACAUGAAGGAAACUGAAGCUGUGUUUCGAACAGCCUACCAUCUGGCCAAAAAGAACCGACCCUUUUCUGACCAUGAGAGCCUCAUUGAGCUGCAGGAACUGAAUGGUGUAAAAAUGGGCUCAAUACUUCAUUCACGUUACAGUGCAACACAAAUAAUACAACAUGUUGCUAGUGAGAUGCAGAGCAAAAUCAUCAGUAGCAUUAUAGCAUCAUCCAGUAAGUUAGCUGUCCUAAUUGACGAGGCAUCUUCUUUAAGUCACAAAGCUGUCAUGACAGUUUCUAUUAAAGCAUCAAUUCAAGAAGAAAGCCCUGAGUUCAUAUUCCUGGAACUUGUUGAACUGGAAAAUCAGAGAGCAGAUGGCAUAUUACAGGCGUUACUCACCUGUUUAACUAAUGCUGGCUUUACAGAAGAGUGGCUUCAUGAAAACUGGGUAACAUUUGUAUCUGAUGGAGCCAGUGUCAUGCUAGGAAAGAAGUCAGGAGUAGCAACCAGACUGACUUUGAGAUUCCCAAAGCUUUUUGUAUGGCACUGCAUGAACCAUAGACUUGAACUUGCUGUGUCAGAUGCAGUUGAUGAGGUAAACUCUGUCAAUCACUUUAAAACUUUUAUCCAGAAGCUAUACUCUCUGUAUAGUGUGUCAAACAAAAAUGAACGUGAACUUGUUAAUGCAGCAGCUGAAGUAGGCUCACAACUUCUUCGCAUUGGCAGAAUCUUGGAUGUACGCUGGGUGGCCAGUAGCUUUCGGACUGUUCGUGCUGUUUGGACAUCCCUGGGAGCUCUUGUGCAGCACUUUAAAAAUGCUUGCAGUGAUGAGAUGAGGUCCACCAAAGAGAGGCAGAUGUACAGAGGUUUGUUAGACCGUGUUCAAAGUCCAGAAUUCAUUUGUGACCUUGGCCUCAUGUACGACACUCUCCAUGAACUAAGUCUCCUGUCACAGGAGCUUCAGUCUCGUUCUAUAACGCUCCUCAGAGCAGAGCAUCUGCUGAAACGCUCAAUCAGAGUGAUCCAGUCAUUCAAAGAGAGUCCAGGUGAGAAAUAUAGUGAGGCUUUAGAAGCAAAACAGACUGGGGAGUAUCGGUCUAUAGCCCUGAAAACAAAUGCAAAGCUGAAGUCUAUCAAUCCAGGCCAGUUCUUACAAAGCCUUGUGAACAAUCUGGAGAAACGCUUGUCUUUUUGAAGAUGAGACCAUCAUGGACCUCAGCAUCCUUGAUCAGAGUAAGUGGCCAUCAAAGCCCAGCAUCCGCCAUGGUGAAGAACAAGUUAAGCGACUGUGCAAGCGAUUUAACUUGUGCACAGACCAAGCACUGAAUGGGAUGCGGGACCUACUGGAAGAGCCCAGUAGUGAGCCCAAGGACCUAAAACCACUUAUGAACUGUAUGAAAACAUUCCCUGUCGGUACAGCAGAGUGUGAGAGGAAUUUUAGCCUUAUGAACAAUAUAAGCUCAGACAAGAGGGCUGUCCUUCUGAUCUCAAACAUAUCAAACUUGAUGAUGAUUAAUAUCAACGGCCCACCAACUUCCAAGUUUGAUCCUAGAAAAUAUACAAGGACCUGGUUGAAGAGCCAUCGUGCUGCCUCUUCGGUGCGUUCUAGACAGUGCAGUGUGAAAGCUCCUGCAGAAAGCAAAUUUGUCUGGAAUAUACUGUAGUA